AAAUAUUUUCCCCAAGAACUCGACACUCCUCUCGCGUUCCCGCCAGUAAUCUUUGAUUGAAUAAAAGCUCAACCAAAGCCCACCAUUUCAAUCUCUUCUCCCUAAUCCCUCAGCCUCCAUUCAGUGAAGAGAGAGAGGAAAGAACCGGUUAAAGUUAUUGCAAUGGACAUGUCAGAGAUAGCCAAGAAACUGGGCUUCUCUGAAUCGAAGCAACUCAUCCGUAAGGCCGCCGAGCUUCGCCGGCUCGCUGACAUCCAAUUCGAUUCGUCCGUUAUUGGAGUUGGGGAGAUUUGUAAGGCGAUAAUCUGCCUGGAAAUUGCCGCUUCCAGGAUGGAGGUUAUUUUCGAUCGACAAACGGCGAUAAAGUUGAGUGGGAUGUCAGAGAAGGCCUAUAACAGAUCCUUUAAUUCAAUGCAGAAUGGCAUUGGUGUCAAGAACAAGCUUGAUAUAAGAGAAUUGGCUAUUCAAUUUGGAUGUGUGCGGCUCAUCCCGAUUGCUCACAAGGGAUUCUCCUUGUUUAAGGACCGAUUUCUUGCUUCAUUGCCUCCUUCUAGAAAGGGUAGUACUGAUUUCAGUCGGCCAGUUUUCACGGCCGUGGCAUUUUACCUUUGCGCCAAAAAACAAAAGCUCAAGGUAGAUAAAUUCAAGUUGAUUGAGCUUGCCGGCACAUCAGAAUCAGAAUUUUCUAGUGUGUCUACCUCAAUGUUAGAACUAUGCUUUGAUGUAUUUGGGAUAGCUAAGGAAAAGAAGGAUUCUAGAAAGAUUAAAGGAAACCGAGAGCUUCUUGAUGCAUUACCUGAAAAAAGGAGGCUCGAGGAUGGUGGCUAUUCUUCCGAUGAUGGGAAUGAGCCUUCAGCCUACAAGAAGCGUAAGCAAAUGGAGGAACAUGACUUUGAUGAAUGGAAAUCCGCCGUUCUCAAGUCUAAUAAACGCAGCAAAACUGAAGCUCCUGCCAAUCGAACGAAGACCAAACAAAGCACGCUCGAUUUCCUGAAGAGGGUUCCUACAGCAGAUGCCUCAUGACUCACAUUGUAUGCUAUAACUGCCUCAGUCUCUGCCUGCCUGUGCAUUUGAUGUUGCAGAGUAGUAAAAUGGGAAGAAGAUGCUACUCCUAAAUUUCUUGAUUUACACAAGUACAGUUAACACUAAUGAGAUCUUUUCUUGGUAGUCUGAUUUUCUUUUUUGUUGGUCUAAAGAAACUGAAUCACAGAGUGUUCAGUUUGCUCCACUGGGAAGCUUGAUGUUGUAAAUGGAAAAUUCAUUACUUGAAA